GAUUACUCUCAGAAGGGUACAGGCCUCUAUUCCACUUAAGGUGUAAUAUCGUGAAUGCCAAUGUGUGGUCACAACACAAGGGCUGCUUUCCUAAUUGUAUUAACUGAUGAAGAGUCAGGGACAGCUAUUACCGACCCCACGAGACUCUGUAAUAUAAAGACAAGGCUGUGCAAUGUGCUUACAGUAACUAGUAACGAUGACACAAGAGCCAAUAUCGUGGUUACUCAAAGAGUUAUCCACCCCGAACGCCGGCUGCAUCAGAUGAUGCUUGCAAAUCGUGACUACAAGAGAGGCAACUGUGUUGAUUUAGACAUAUCACGAAGGCCUGAUGUAAAUGCUGUUAAUGUUUAUUGUAAAGAUUGUUUGGUGGUCACUAUUCGAUGCACAGAUAGGCCUAGACUACUGUUUGAUAUCAUUUAUACACUUAUAGACAUGGAUUACAUUGUUCUUCAUGGGUAUAUAAAGGCCGAAAGGACAGAAACAUUCCAGGGUUGGAACACCGAAAAAUGGCUAAAUAAGUCAGAGAGCGGGAGAACAAACCGAAGGGUAGUGGUGAUGGUAUAUCCCGACAUACCGACAUACCGAUGGAUCCAUAGGGUUUGACGAGCAUCACAU